CCUCUUGGUUGUCCGUUAUCUUUUCCAAGAUGCCUCCUCCGGUUUUCAUUGCCACUAAGCCUAUCGACCCACCCCGACUCGGUCACAAUAACUAUCAAGGUUUCAAAAAAGGAGAGAGGGAGAUCCUGCCGAAAGGAUGGAAUAGAUAUCGAUCUCGUCCCCUGCCGUGUGAUAUCCUAGUAGAGCACGAUGUUGAGAUUAUUGUCCGUGACGGUGCCCGUCUCUACUGCGACAUCUACCGGUCUCCUAACACUGGUCCGUUAAACCGGGUUCCAGCCCUCCUUGGCUUCAGCCCCUUUGGGAAGAAGUUUAGCGGCAUAUGCAUGCUGAACUCGAUGACACCUUGGAAUGUCGGAGUUCCGGAUGACCAUCUUUCCGGACUAGAAAAAUUCGAGGGUCUUGAUCCCGCUGAAUGGAUCCCUCGCGGCUACGCAAUCAUCAGUGCUGACACGCGUGGGACUGGGGAUUCGGACGGCCCAGUUGUGAUUAUGGGCACUCAAGAAGGAGAAGAUGGGUAUGAUGUGGUUGAGGCUCUGGCCAAAAUGGAUUGGUGCAAUGGUGCCGUGGGAAUGCAGGGCAAUUCCCACCUGGCGAUCACUCAAUAUUUUGUCGCUAUGCAGCAGCCUCCUUCACUACGAGCCAUUGCCCCAUGGGAAGCAUGUUCGGAUCUCUUCCGGGAACAGUUCGGGCGGGGUGGCAUGUGGCAUGGCGACUUCUUCGACUAUAUCUCCAGCGUUUUCAUCCAGGGAUACCACGGGAUGGAGGACUUCAAGGAGAUGUACAGGCGGAGUAAAGGGUUACGCAAUGCUUACUGGGAUGAUAAGCGACCUGACUUGAGUAAGAUCAAUAUUCCUACUUACCUUACUGGGAGCUACUCGAGUAACGUGCACGUAAUGGGCUCGAUUCGGGGCUGGCUCGAGAUUGCAUCUGAGAAUAAAUGGUUCCGACUUGGACCAUGGCAGGAGUGGUAUGAUCUCUGGGUGGAGGAGAACUCCACAAGCGAGCUGCAGCGCUUCUUUGACCGAUUCCUUAAGGACAUUGACAAUGGCUGGGAGGGAACUCCACGUGUGCGAGUUACCGCUUUGACAUUCGGCGAGGGAGACCCCGAGUACAAUUUGGUUGUUGACGACUUUCCUCUACCAAGUACGGAUUAUCGAGAAUUCUUCUUCGCACCUCAUGGACAGCUACAACCGGAAUUAUCGACUGAUGAAGGCAUUUCCUCUUACGAUUCAACCACAAUGCAGAGUUCUGCCUUUCGAUUUGUGUUUGAGAAGGAUGCCAGACUUAUUGGUCUCCCAAAAGCCGUCAUAUAUAUGUCUUGUGAUGAUGAGGACGAUAUGGAUGUCUUCGUCAUUAUCCGCAAACUUGACAGGCAGGGCAAAAAGCUGGUAGCGUUGAACAUCCCCUGGUCUCGGGCCCCUGUCCGGGCCACCGAUGAGAUUCAAGACAAAGACAAGAGCGAUCUAAUCUUGUAUCCCGGUCCGGUUGGCAUGCUGCGUGCCUCUCAUCGCGAAAUCGAGCCGUCCCGGUCGAUUCAUCCACAGUACCCGUUCCAUCCCCAUGAACGACAGCUUCCCACUCCCCGAGGACAGGUUGUGGGACUUGAAAUCGGGUUGUGGGCCAUGGGGAUUGAUUUUUGAAGCCGGAGAAGCAUUGGAGGUGCAUGUGCUGGGAGGAAACCCAACCAUCGCCGCCUUUCAACCGUUGGUUGGCAGUGCAAAGAACGGCUUGAACCAAGGUCUGCACAAAGUUCAUUUCGGACCCCAGUAUCCGAGCCGGAUUAUCCUACCUUUUGUCUGAGUUGUUGUUCAACAUAGGUAGAGUCUUAUAGUCAGCUAUCAGAUCACUUUUGAG